UAUAAGUUAUGUACAACCAUAUGACUAAAACUUUCUUUCCCUUCCUAAAAUUUUUUAAGAUGACUUUGCCUUAUUUACCAGAUGAUUGUAUUUAUUAUAUUUUACAAUACCUUCAAAAUGAUCGGUCAACAUUAUUUAAUUGUUUAUUAGUUAAUAGAUUUUGGUGUAAAUCAACUAUUCCUUUACUUUAUGCAAAUCCUUUCGUAAAUAUAACUGAUAAAAAUUACACAAUAGUCUUGACCUUAAUUUUUUGUUUUAAUAGAGUAGAAAUGUUACAAAUAAAGAAUCAACUAGGAUUAGGACAGAUUAAUAAUAUUAAUUUUGAUGAGGAGCAUAAACCAUUAUUUGAAUAUCCAAAAUAUUUGGAAAAUUAUAAUUAUUUUACAAUAAAUUCCGUAAUUCGUAGAUUUUUUGUAAAAUUAUGUUCAAAUUCAGGUUCAUCAAUUUCUCGAAAUAAAAUAUAUUGUACUAUUCCAAUAUUUCAUUAUUCAAUUUUACGUCAAAGUAGAAAUAUUAAA